UAACACCCCCUCCCUUCCCUAUCAUCUCUAUGCAAUGUCCAACGACAGCAGCCUCCUCAGUGUCUGGGAGGCCUCUGAUUGGUCAGACACCUCUCUGUGCCCUCCCUCUGUGGUUGGGGCAACUUUCUUGAUCGUAGCGUACAGCACUGUUAUAGCAAUCGGGUUGCUAGGUAACGCAGGCCUGGUGUUUAUCAUUGCCCGGCAACAGGAGUUGCGCAACGUUACCAACAUCCUGAUCGCCAACCUGUCAUGCUCUGACAUCCUGAUGUGUGUGGUAUGUCUACCCGUUACUAUCAUAUACACACUGAUGGACCGCUGGGUACUAGGAGAGGCCCUGUGUAAGGUGACCCCCUUUGUGCAGUGCAUGUCAGUGACAGUUUCCAUCUUCUCCUUGGUGCUGAUCGCUCUGGAGCGUCACCAGCUGAUCCUCCAUCCCACCGGCUGGACCCCCGCUACCAGCCACUCCUACCUGGCUGUGGGGCUGACAUGGCUGGUCGCCUGCUUAAUUUCUCUGCCCUUCCUCUUCUUCAACAACCUCACUAAUGACCCCUUCCAGAACAUCAGCCUGCCAGCCAACCCCUUCAGGGACCACCUGAUCUGCAUGGAGCUGUGGCCGUCAGAUGCGCAUCGGCUGGCCUACACAACAUCGCUGCUGCUCUUCCAGUACUGCCUGCCACUUCUGUUGGUGCUCCUCUGCUACCUCCGGAUCUUCCUACGCCUGAAACGACGCAGGGACAUGCUGGAGCGCAGCAGGAGGACUCGUGGAGCCCAGAGGAUAAACGUCAUGCUGGUAGCUAUUGUCAUAGCUUUCGCUCUGUGCUGGCUGCCGCUGAACGUCUUCAACACCGUCUUUGACUGGCACCACCAAGCCCUGCCCGACUGCCAGCACGACUCCGUCUUCUCGGCGUGCCACCUGACGGCGAUGGCCUCGACCUGCAUCAACCCCGUGGUGUACGGCUUCCUCAACAGCAACUUCCAGAGGGAGCUUAAGUCAACGCUCCAGCGCUGCCAGUGUGGCAACCAGGCGGCAGAAAGCUACGAGAGCUUCCCGCUCUCCACUGUGGGCAGUGAGGCCGUGACAAAGGCCACCAGCUUAAACAGAAUGGGAUCAAUGUGCAGUCCUUCCCCGAGGCCUGGGAUCCGCUCGGCAAUACCAGCGAAGACAAUACCAGCUAACCCCUCGCAAUGAGCACUGUCGAGCUCUGAGUUCCGGGGCAUGAGAGGAGCCGAAAAAGCUGGAACAGCGGAUAACAGCCAUUUCACAAGCGUCCGUCGGAGAUCUCUCUUUCUGUAACUUUCCGGAUAGAGGGACACUAUCGCCCUUUUUCCACUCGGGCCGACCGCUCACAGGAAAGGACAAAGACGUCGGCGGGAGUGGUCCAGAAUACGAGAAGGAUGUCUUGUGAAUGGACACACACAGAGAAAGCAGAGUCGGUAGCAUGGACUAUGUCCAUCCCCUUGGAUGUUCGUUCCCAUGGCUUGGUAGCGGUGAUGUCACAUGACCAAGUAUCGUGUAUGUUACGACCACACUGCCAGUUCGUAUAGUGCUAAUAGUUUGCAGUUGCGAUUCACUUUGUUAAUUCUUAAUCUUGUGAUUAUGUUGCUAGACUUUGAUGACCUGCAUAAAUAUGUUACAUUACAUAGCUGUUACAGACUGUGUGUGAGAUCUAAAAUUAUUAUGGGCUAUUAUGGACACUAGAGGAAUACCUCCUUUGUACUUUCCACUUGUAUGUGGAUUUAUUUACAUUGUGUAAUACAGUUCAACAGUAAUGUUUAUAAGGGUAUGAUCAUACAUGAUAGGUUACCACUAUAGCCAAUGUAUGUACAUGUUUUACUUGUAUGUAUAAUUAUUAUGAUCUUUAGGGACAACAGCUAUUGUCAUAUAACAAGAUAUGUUCAUGUUGUACUUAAAAGAUUAUGAAUGCUACUGGAGUUAAAGUUCUAUAGUGUGCUAUCAUCCUGAACGUGCUAUCGCAAGUAUUCAUAUUUAGAGAUGUUUGUAAUUGUCUUGAAUACAGUGUUGAAAGACUUGAAAAGAAUUGUACACAAAGUUAUCUAUAUUAUAAUGAAACAUUUGUAACAUUAUCAAAAGUAUCGCCAUCAACCAAUUCAACCAGUUGCAUACAUUCACAUAUACAGUUUCCUCUGACUUCUUGGAUCAAUUCAUUAACUUGACUGACGCAAGACGUAGGAUUGGCCACCUCUGCCAUAACGCGCUGCCAAUGCAGUCAUUAUGUGGGUGUAGUCGUGUGAUGUGUCGUCGCAUCUCCCAAGCAUAGGCUAGUGGCGGCGGUUGCAACAACUGGUCUUAAGAUUGUCUUAGUGAAGACUGGUGUUUAGAAUGAAUACGUCGGCAGGACCUUGAUACAGCAGCUCCGUUCCACGAUCACUGCUACCUGUCCAAGACGGAAGCACUUGUAUCCAGGAUAUUUUGGCUUCAUUUGUGUACAGUCGGAGGAAGUGGAGAUCCAUCUUUUUAUACAGUGAUUUUGGCACGCCAUGGGAAGUAUCAGCUGCCAUUCUAGAAUUGCACUCCUCUGAAAAGCAAAAUUGCUAUGAUUUACCAAUAAAUUCAUAGUCAUUUUCAA